AUUGUGUCCCACCUUGAUUUGAUUGGCAAUUCUUUAUUGUUAUAUCUUGCUCUUCAAUGCAUCCCUGAGCUUUUAUUUUUAGUCACUUGCGUUUGGACUGACAGGACGGUGCGCUACAAGUGUGAUACACGUGCAUUUUAAGAGUCAGUUUUUUUAAGAAGCGAUUUCGAAACUGUCGUAACGUGUACCUGGCAAAUCUCCUCUAUAGUCGGUCAAAAAAAUUGCAAUCAAAAUGAAGACAGAAGUUGCAUUCAUCCUUGCAAUUACUAUCUGCUGCCCUCUGCUCUGUUCUGCUGCUAUAAAGUUUUCGUGCGAAGAGCAUCAGCUAUGGAACAUUUCCACAUUUAGGUGUGCCACAAGAAACGAGUGCGUACUCAAGCGGUACGAGUGUGACUCCGUGCUGGACUGUCGAGAUUUCUCCGACGAGGACCACUGCCCAACACAACACGCAGAAAACUGCGUGAAGGACUUCGAAGGGAAGAACUCUUCCAGCGGAGAGCCGCUGCAGCGAUUCCAGUGCGGCGACAGUAUGUGUAUCAUGGGAUGCCAGCGAUGCGACGGCAUUAUCGAUUGCAGGGACCUGUCAGACGAGAUAAAUUGCACCGGCGACGAAGUUAUCCCGCCCUGUGUUUAGUGAUUAUUUGGAUGUAUUAUUCUUAAAUGUCCAUGUUUCAAUGUAAAUAGUAUUCAAAACAACUGUCUGCGAAUUAGGAACACAUAUCAAUAACGUUCCAUUAAAAUGCAAUCCCCAUCUUUCACCAUUAUGAAGUAAAAUGUCAUAUUUCUAUGCAAAAGUUGUUCGUUUUAGUUAUUGACACAUCGAAUAGAAGAAUUGGCCCAAUGUUAGUUAUGGGUUUAAUUACUUAUCAAAUUUCGAAUAAACUGUUUGCACGAAGAUAGAGCUGCGGCCCUCGCAGGACUGGACCAAUUUACUCAGGGGCGGACCUGUCAUGCAUGCGAAUUGGCAACCCGUAACAAAAUGGGUUUAAGAGGUGCAGACACCGAAAUAGAGAGAAGGUAGAUUUUGCGUUAAAAUAAACCCCCAAAAAAGAAAAGAAGAAAAUUUGUUAGAAGGAAAAAAGUGGAAGGAUAUUACAGUUUCAAUCAAUAUUUCAAAAGUGUUUUAGUUUCAAAUGUCAGGCUUCCAGUCACUAUAUUUCGGGGAGCAGGUAAAUAUGAAAAGGCAGAUGUCGACCAAAGCUUAGAGCUUAUUCUGUAAAACAGAGCUGUAUGCUCAGUUGCUUUUUAUUCAAAUUUCACUAAGAAGGCUUUAAAUAAUUGAACUCUUUUGUUGCAAUAGGAGGAAUUGGGUAGCGUUUUUCUCCAUUAAUCGCCAGACGGAAGCCACAUUUUUUCUGGCUCGGAUUCGUAUUUUUGUAGAUGUGUUUAACGGAAAACGUUUUUAAUGAAAACAUUUUUAAGCUGAUAAUUCAUGUUCUUCGUUUUUAAAAC